AUGGCGUACACGGAGAGGAACGGGCUAGUGGGUCUACGGAUUGAGACCGCGUUUGGUCAGAGGCCAGGAUGGGCAAAAGAUGAUGGGAGGAGGAGGAGGUCGACGACAGAUGGCGAUGGUAUCGAGAGCGACCGCACCAAAACAUCUCAUGAUUAUAACGCGCGUCGCCGCGAUACUGAUGAUGACCGCAGUGUGUUAAGUGAUUUGCAUUCAGCCACGCCUCCAAUCUCAGUUCCUCGAACCGAUGGGCGUCCAGCAAGUGAUGACGAAUUCCCUCACAAGCCAGACGACAUACAGGCUUCACCGUUGGAUAACUACUUUCAUUCUCGUCGUCCUUCUAUUUCAUUUAACCCCAAGGUUUCUGUUGAUUCUGGCCGUGAAGAACCGCUGAAUGAACCUCUCGCAAAAGAUGAAGUAAAGGAUCGGCCCCCGCAAAAAUUUGAAUCUCGGACCUCAAGACUCCGAAACGCCCUUUCUCAGGACGACGAUCACUACGAUGGUCAUUCACACCAAACUCCUCAGUCAUGGAGAUGGGACUCAAAUAAAUCUCCCGAACAACAUGUCGAUUCAGCGGGACGUUCCCGAGCCCAACCGGUCUUAGCCCCAGAGGAUGAGUCAAUCACCGGCACUGAUCUAGAUCAUCCAACUUCACUCACAUCACUGUCCACUGCAUCCACCGCCCAAGAAGAACUGCGGACCCCUCCCGGAAGUGCUAAAGAUGACCUUCUAUCACCCCUUUGUAUCACGUCGCCGACUCAAAAUUACUCAUCUCCAGAGGAUCGCAGUCCGUGGUCUGGAGGUAUGAUGGCUUCGUUUGGAAGCAAGUCCCGCAGUUCCACUCUAGAUCGUAGUAGCAGCCUGCGGAAUACUCGUCAUAGCUCUCGACGCUCCACGAACUCGAGCGGCAAGUCUCCCGCAAGCAUGUUCCUAUCCAUGUGGUCAAGUCAAAGUCAGCCCGACGAGGCACCCUCAACGCCUGACGAAGAAGGCCAACUAGUUGGGACUGACUAUGUUCUUGGAAAGCAGAUUGGAUUUGGAGGUUUCAGUACGGUCAAAGAAGCGUUCAAGGUUGAGGGACAAGGCAACACCAGACGGCUCGCCGUCAAAAUUGUCAAAAAGCAGGUAGCAGGCCGCACCGAGAGGGAAAAUGAAGAUGUUCAGGCAGAAUUCGACCACGAAGUGCGAGUUUGGAGGUACCUCAGUAACCCCCAUAUCUUGACUCUUGAUUCAGUGUACGAAACCGAUUAUGCCACCUUUUGCUUCACUAAACUUGCGAUCGGUGGGACACUGUUUGACUUGGUCCGCCAAAAUCGACAAGGUCUCGAUUCGACGCUGGCCAAGAAGUAUGCGUAUCAACUUGCAUCUGCGAUUCGCUACCUACACCAAGACGCUCGAGUUGUACACCGUGAUAUCAAACUGGAGAACUGUCUCCUGGACCCGGUCCACACUUCCGAUGACUCUGCCUCUUCCAACCUAGUUCUGUGUGACUUUGGAAUGGCUGAAUGGAUGGCCACCGAUAAUGGAGGCGAUGGUCCGGAUCCUUACGAUGAAGUCGCAGAUCGCCCCCCACCCAACCGAAUGGGGCCGGCUGGUUCGAGUACCAGCGUUGCUGGUAGCCUCGAAUAUGCAUCCCCUGAAUUGAUUCAAUCAUCGGCCGGUGUGAUUCACCCUUCAGUGGAUAUUUGGGCUUUUGGUGUUAUCGUCUAUACAAUUGUCGUUGGUUCGCGACCUUUCCAGGACUCAUUCAUGCCUCGAGUUCAAGCCAAUAUCAUUGGUGGUAAAUGGAACCGAGAAGCCGUCCUUGGUGAUCUCACCAACAAGCUUUCUCUUCGUGACCGCAAAGACGCUCUUGCCCUAGUCCAAGGCUGCCUUGAAAUGGACGCCAACAAGCGAUACACAAUCCGUGACGUUCUUGACAGUGCUUGGCUACGUGAAAUCGCAAGUUCAAAUGAUAGCUCUCCGGAAGCUAUGUGGGGCCUUUAA